AACCCUAACCCUAGAUCGACGCUACGAUGUCGUCUACGUCAGGGCAGCAGCAGUUUCGCUACACGCAGACGCCAUCGAAGGUGCUUCACCUGAGGAAUCUGCCAUGGGAGUGCACCGAUGAGGAGCUCGUCGAGCUCUGCAAGCCAUUCGGAAAGAUCGUCAACACCAAGUGCAAUGUUGGGGAAAAUCGCAACCAGGCCUUCGUUGAGUUUUCCGACCUUAACCAAGCAAUCUCAAUGGUUUCAUACUGUGCUUCAUCAUCUGAGCCUGCACAAGUUCGUGGCAAAACCGUGUAUAUACAAUACUCAAAUCGACAAGAGAUUGUGAACAAUAAGAGUACUGGUGAUAUUGCUGGGAAUGUUUUGCUUAUUACUAUUGAGGGUGUUGAAGCUGGUGACGUUAGCAUAGAUGUCAUUCAUCUGGUAAGCUUGUUCUGCAUUAAAUUUGUUUCACCUCAUAGUGCUCAAUACACAUUUUAUAUAGAGAAGACCAGGGAGUUGGGGUCCCAGUUGAAGGCAUACCAGUACCCCAUUUCCCCAGCAAUAUCAUCUGGUUAG